AUGGGGAUCUCGUUCAAGCUGUCGAAGGUCGGGGUCCGCGUGCACCCGGCCGCGCGCUCGGCGUCCGCGGCGCUGGCACAGGCGGCGGAGGCGGAAAAGCCGGGCGCGGGGGAGAAGGAGGGGUCCCUGUCUGAGUCGAGACGCGAGGACAACUUCGUUGAGAGAGGAAAAGAUGUCAAUGGCAUCAAAAUUUUACCAGCGUGCUCCAAGGAAAUUUUGCCAGAUCAUGAGGUUUCUUUCACAUUUAGCCUCUAUGAGAGAGGUUAUCUCAUUUCAAAGUCAGCAUCUAUGGAUCCGAGUCAGAUCUCAAUUCAGGACGGCAAAACACUGCAUCCCUAUGAUAGAGCAUCGGAAAAGUUAUUCUCUGCCAUUGAAGCUGGGAGGCUACCUGGCGAUAUUCUUGAUGAGAUACCAAGCAAGUACUAUAAUGGAUCAGUUGUUUGUGAGAUACGUGACUACCGAAAGCAUGUGUCCAACGAAGCGCCUGCAUCAUCUGCUGAGCUAGGAUUACCUAUUGUGAAUAAAGUACGACUGCGAAUGACCUUUGAGAAUGUUGUAAAGGACAUUACCCUUCUAUCUGAUGAUUCCUGGACUUACAGGGAUUUUGUGGAAGCUGAAGCUCGCAUUGUGAGAGCUCUACAACCAGAACUUUGCUUAGACCCUACACCUAAACUGGAUCGACUUUGUCAGGAUCCUGUUCCGCAUAAGUUGAGCCUCGGUAUAGGGAAAAAGAGGAGGCUGAGGCAAAAUCCUGAAGUUGUUGUCACAUCCAGUAACAUGUCUCAUGGUAAAAAGGUUUGCAUUGAUAGGUUACCUGAAAAUGCCAAAGUUGAUGAGAUGGGCAUCACUAGCAGUAAUGCAGCUCAGCAGGUUGGUGAUAACAUUACCAUCCAAAAUAUCUCGGUCUUGGGUGGUUCUCAGACACCUAGACCAAAUAAUUCUUCACAAGAUGCUGCCAGAAUGCAUUUGUCCCAAUCUGGUCUACAGCAAGCCUUAAGUUAUUCUGCUGCUGGUAAUGAUCGUAUGGCAGGACUGCCUGCGAAUUUUUCUGGAAUCAAUUCAAGCAUUUCAUCUCCUCAGAGCAUGAUUGGUUACAAUGACACUGUGGCUGCCAAUGGCCUUCUAUCUGUGAAGAGGGAAAUGCAAGAUGCCCCGCUUCAAGAUCCUAAGAGAAUAAAGCCAACUGGUGGCAUUGAUCAUGUACAGCAGCAGCAGAUAAGGCCUCAACCCCUUGGUGGGCAGGAGAUGCAAUGGAAGAACCAUCAACUGCAUCCACAAUUAGAUGUCAAGGGGAUGCAGUAUGCAUCUUCACUGAGUGGUCAGAGAUAUCCUUCUUCGAUGAUGAGCAACAUGCAAGAUCCAGGAUCUUCCUUAUAUUUCAAUCAUCAGCAUAAUUUGAGAUACGGUGCUAAGCAAGAGCAGAUGGAUGGUUCUGAUAAGUCGAAAGACGCCUUGCAGUCUAUGGCACCUGAAAGUUCCAUGCUGGAUCUGCAGCAAUCCCAGGCUCAACAUUUACCACAGCAAUCAGCGGCAAGAAACAAUGUUCCAAACAUGGGACAGUGGCAAAAUACUCGGUUCGCAGCUGAGAAGGACUUGAAAAAAGAAGAAAUAAUUCCAAGAAGAAAAUUAGCACCUAGCUCUCGUGCCCCUUCUGGGCCUAUGGUUCAGUCUCCAGUGUCCUCGAAAUCUGGAGAGAUAUCAAGCAGUUCAAUGGGUGGCCAGUUUGGUUCUGCUGUGACAUCAGCUGUAAUAGGGGUACAGAAAGAUAAAUUUGCUGCAAAUUCCAAUGCUGCAGUUGGAUUUCCUUCUGUAGCUUCCAGUCCUAGUGAUUCCAUGCACCGAAUACAACAGCCAGCUGUUGCUUCCUCCAAGAGGAAAACAAAUUCUGUCCCCAAAACUCAACCGCCUGUGAGUGCUGUUGGGUCUCCAGCCAGUGUUUCAAACAUGCAUGCUCCGCUGAAUGCGAGCAGCCCAUCGAUUGGGACCACACCUAUGGGAGACCAAGCAAUCCUUGAUAAAUUUGCAAAAAUUGAUAAUAUUUCCCAUCAGUACCAGCUUUUCAAUAAGAAGAACAAGGUUGAUAAAAUAUCUCAAAAGAAAACCAUUACCAAUCAAAGUCAUCAAGAUGUAGCUAGAUGUCUCAAUAGUUGUUUCCAUUCUGAGAAUUAUAAAGAUACAACAAGACCUCUUUGUAAUUCUAUGAUUAGUGGAACUAUAAACACGUGCAAGACUAGAGUGAUAAACUUUGUGAGCACAAACCGCAUGUACCAAGGUCAUUCAAGGCCAUUCCAGGUUAUUUUCAAGGAAACGUCGGAUGAAACUGUAAAAAUGCAAUAUGGAGAUCUAGAAGAUUUUGAUGGUCCGAAUUCAUAUGAUUGUGUAUUCAUAUUACCGACAAAGUACUAUGCUGACUUGCUUGCAGAGCAGCUUAUUCCCCUUAUGUUGCAAGAUGGGCAUUCUAAAGCUGAUGAUAAAGUCUUGCGUGGCACCCCCCUUGCUAACCUCAGUACACUAUCUGGAAUUUUACCAGACAAUUUAGUGAGUGAUGUAAAGCAAGAGGGAGGUGUAAGCCAACAACUUAAUGCUGCAGCCCAUGCAAAUGUGGCACCUGGAACACAGAUGCAACAGCUUCCUGUCAAUAGGAUGCUUUCAUCUGCAAGUAGCAACCAGGUUCUAGCAAUGCAGCAAGGUUAUAUGCAAGGGGCAGCCAUGCCUCCAAGGAGCCAGCAGCUUGACCACAAUUUGGUUCAGCAGCCGCAGCAGCAACAGCCACAGCAGCAACCACUGCAGCAAACUGCUCAAGCCCAGAUGCAGCAACCAUCCUCUCUUCCACUGAACCAUAUGCAAAGACCUCAGCUUCUCCCCACGAGCCCAUUAUCUCAGAUGUUGGGGCCUGGCUCAAAUCUCCCAAUGGGCUCAAGUCAGAUAGGUAACAAUAAGGCUCCUACAUCCUUGCAGCUUCAAAUGCUACAGGCACAACAGCAACAACCUAUGUCUAGGAAAGUGAUGAUGGGGCUUGGCUCAGCCAUGAACAUGGGCAAUAUGGUUAACAAUGUUGGUCUUGGCGGCCUUGGUAAUGUUAUGGGAAUGGGCAACGUGCGUCCCAUAUCCUCCCCCAUGGGAACAAUGUCAGGCUUAGGUAACAAUUCAAAUCCAAUGAACAUGGGAAUGACAUCCAACCUUGCUGGACUUCGGCCAGGUAUGAACCCUGCUACUUUUGCCAAGAUGCGUAUGGGGUUGGCACAACAAAGGGCAGCAGGCAUGUAUCCUGGAAUGGUUGGAAUGCCUGGAAGCAGCUCUCCAAUCCUUCCUAGUUCAGCUGGCUUAUCUAUGAUGGGCCAGCCGCUAAACAGAAGCAACCUUGGUCCCCUGCAGAGGGCCAUGUUGUCGUCUAUGGGCCCUCCAAAAAUGCCAGUAGGUAACUUUCAGCUGAACCCUCAACAGCAAAUGCAGCUCCAGCAGCAGCUCCAACAGAACCCCCAGCAACAGCAGCAGCUCCAUCAGAACCCACAGCAGCAGCAGCAACAAAUGCAGCAACUACAGCAACAGCAACAAAUACAGCAACAACUGCAGCAGCAGCAGCUCCAACAACAACUGCUGCUGCAGCAGCAGCAGCAGCAGCAACAGCAAAUGGGAUCUCCGUUAAAGCAGGCACAGGUGGGCUCACCUGCUGGCUCGCAGCAGUCGCUGAUGAUGCAGCAGCAGCAGAUAAGCCCACAGCAAAUGGGACAGCAGGCUGCAAUGAGCCCCCAGUUGAGCUCAGGAACUCUGCAGCAAAUGAGCAAUAACGUGGCCAACCCUGUAGCCACUCCAGGCCCUCCCCCAAGCCCGCAGCUGAGCUCCCAGACCCAUGGGUCGGUCAACAGCAUAGCUAACUCCCCGAUGGAGCAGCUGCAAGGCGCCAAUAAGGGAGGUCCUGGUAGCAUGUAA